UUUUUCCUCCUCCAAAUCUUGUUCCGCAGUGUUGCUCAUGGCUUAUUUGUUCGCGUUUAAAACACCAGAACGGCACGCUCUGUUCCCGUCCAGAGGCUGACAUCCACAGAAGAUGCUCUCUUUAACACUUUUAUUCAGAGAAGCGGAGGAAAAAGUUGCGGGAGGCGACGCGGUAUGUUAGCUAGCGGCUCUGCUCGGUGGUCGAAUGCUGCGGGAACGCUUCACGGCGAAGGGCGUCUCGAUAUGGUCGUUGUUCCUGAACAUCCUCGUCUGUCUCCCGCUCCCCUGGGUCUGCUGCCGCGAUGUGUCGGCCGGACCGAAGCUUCGUCUCCUCAGUGACUCUACCUCUGCGGCUCCAUCAUGGUUCACAGCUGCAGCUCCUUCCUCUCAGAAACAUGAGAGCCUGUCCACAACAGUGCAGCAUGACCCAGGAGGGAAACGAGCUCUGAGGAUGGAUGGUACAGCUGAGGUGACUGACCCCGGCCCGCUCCUGUCCUCAGCCCCCGCCGGUCCGCGGGGAAACUCUUUGUUCAGCUCCAUGUCAGACAUCAUGCACAUCAGGAGCGGCAGAAGCACGCUCACCAGAUCCAGCCCCGGACUCUCUCUGCCUCAGGUUCAGAGCGUGCCGCCUCCAUCAGUGUUUGGUGUGAAAUUUCAAAAGUGUGCUCAGGUAAAGCUGGACACGCAUCCGCCUCAGCUGACCUUCUUCCUCCGGAUCCAAAACCUGGGUCCUGUCGGAGGCACCAACCUGUCCCAGGUGGCGGUCCGGGACUCCAUUUCAGGGAUCGUGCCUGUAAAAACUGAGGGCCGGGUGGUGGAGAAAGGCUACCAGACGUUUACUAUAGACUCACUGAUCGCUGGCUCUCACAUUCUUGUAAAUUACACCGCUCAUGUGAGGAGUCAUAGGAGUGAAGUCCUUGAUCUUCCAGCUUUUCUCACCUUCUCCAAUGCCUCACAGAAUGACGUGAGCAUGUUUGGCCCUUUAGCAGCUAAUCUGACUCUGAGGGUGAAUUCCACCGACAGGAUUUUUCCGAACCACGGUGUCCAUUUUGCCGGAUUUGUUGCGGGCUUCUUUGUCACGUUACUGCUGCUGUUGUUGGGGUUUCUGCUCAUGACCCUGAUCGGUCCCAGAGCCAGACUGAGCCUUCUUCAACAACGGAGAAACAGAGGCGAUUCGGACCCUGAAUAUGCAGACUGCAACCUGAGUGAGACUGUUAAAGAUGAGGCGGCGUUCGAAGACAAGAUGGUGGACAUCAUGGUGCUGGAGGAUCCCCAGAACAUGUACCAGGCUUUGGAAAACCUUGAAAUGUCGACGCUGCUGCACGCCACCAACAGCCUGGAAGCCACGCGGAUUCAGAUUUACAAGGACGUGAUGUCGUCCCUGCUGGGCGGCCUGCGAUCGCGGGGCCAGGCCAGCACCCGGGCCCAGCAGAGGCUGCUCAGUGUGCUCCACGGACAGCUGCUGGGAAUGGAGGGCCGCCUCAAGGAGGAGAGAGGGGCCCGCAUGGCCGCCCUGGCUGCUCAGUGCAACCUGGAAACCCGCGAAGAAAUGGAGGCGGAGCAUCGCAGAGAGGCUGCAGAGAAGGCUCAGGCCGAGCUGCUGUGUCAGCAUGCAGACCAGCAGGAGCUCCUGCAGUGCAGCGUCCUUCUGGAGAAACUCCACAAGCUGAGCCAGAGUCGACUUCAGCGCAGCUUGUUGGUGCGGCACGAAGAAGCGUCGGCGAAGGUCCAGAGGCAGAUCAUCGAAUGGCGCCGGGUGGAGCUGCACAAGAUCUUCUCUGAGGAGCUGGAGGAGGCCACCAGGAUGGGAGAGCUGGAGAAGAGCACGGCCAGGAGCCUUCAGCAUGAUUACUUCACCUGUCAGGAUCAGCUGGAGGAGGUGUUGGACGUCAUCCUCGCCAAUCAGCGCUAUGUGCUGGCUGAGCGCAGCGCGCAGAGGAAGUUCUUGGUGCACAGCCUCCACAGCCUCAACAGCCUGAUCUCGGACACCUUCACCAGCACCUCCAGCAGCUUGGACAGCUGGUUCACUCACAUCAGGAGAGGGAGCUGUGGGCCUGCGGACCAGCUGGACCAGCUGCAGGAGAAAGCUCAGAAAGAGCUGUUGAUGGUCAGGCAGAGACUUGAUGAGGCUCUGAACCAGGAGAGGAGAGCCAUGCGCUGCGGACUGAUCAAGAAGAGGAGGGAACUCAUCUCUGAGAUGGUGAGGCUUCACAAGCAGAGACAGAAGGACCUGUCAAGUCUUUCUAAAGAUCUAGAGGAGAAGCUGGAAGUGGCGCAACACUUGAACUGCUGGCAGAACCUCCUGACAGCUCAAAGCCUGGAGCUCGCAGAGCUGAUUAACAGUCUGGAUGAAGAGGCAGCAGCAGACAUUCGCAAGAUGACCAUGCACGUGAUCCAGGGUGCUAUCGCCGAUGCCAGAGCCAUCCAGCCCUCCGCAAGCCAGGCCGUGCUGACGCUCCUGCCCCAGGGGGCGCAGCGCUCCCCGCUGCAGGUCGAACCCGAGGCGCUGCAGGCACAGGCCCCGGCACAGGGAGCCAGCACGCUCCUGCAGGGCCAGGAGAGACUGCACCAGGAGGGCAAGGCUGCUCUACGCACGCUGAGCUGCACCAGGGAAGCUCUGCAGGAGAGCAUGAAGACGGAGCUGCAGGAGCAGAAGGAGCUCAGGAAGAGCUGCAGAGACUUCUUCAGGUGUCUGACGCUGUCUCAGCUCGCUCUGUCUGAAGACGACAGGCUGAGGAUGAAGCUGGAGUUCCAGAAGUGUCUGUCUGUGGUGGACCGCUGCCUGGUGCUGCCCCACGCCAUCUCCAGGAGUAAACUCCACGCAGCCCUGACAGUGUGGAGGAGAGACAGCGAGAAACAGAUGGCGAACGCGCAGUCCAAGGGGAAAGCCGGCGAGGCCAGACAAAAAACAGACACGUCGGACCUGCUGCAGUUCCAGAGCAGGCUGGAGGAGAGGAUCCAGCUGUUCGAGAAGGAGAAAGAGAUGGAGAGCGGAGUGAUGAACAAGGUGUUGGAGGACAUGCAGAGGGAGAGGGAAGAUGCUCUGCAGUCUCAGGCGGGCGGCCUGGCCGUGCAGAUGGCUGCCGUCCACUACCAGAAGGCUGAGAGGAGGACCAAAGUCCUGGAGACCACCAGAGCCAUGCUCAGCCUGCACAGCAUGCUCAUCCAGCUGCUCCGAGAGAGGAAGAACCACGAGACGCAAGACAUGGCUCAGAGUAUCCAGAGCCACUGCUCGGGUUUGGAGGAAGCGGAGCAGCAGCUUCAGAAGGAGAGGUCAGAGUUAGACGGCCUCCCCCAAACAGAGGCUCCCGACGGAGAUCCACACGAGGACGAGGGAAACCUGUUUCACCUUCAGCUGGAGUGCCGCAUGACGUUCAUCCUCCAGGAGUCGUUUUACAAACGUGAGCAGGUCAUGGCUGUGAUGGCUGAGAGGUUUCAGGUACUGACCGCCAGGAAUCAGGCGCUGGAAGAUCUGAAAGAACAAAUGGAGCUCAAGAAGCUCUACGCAAACUGUGACCAGGAUUUGGACUUUGCGUCUCGGCUGGUGAAGCAGUGUCAGGUCUCAGCGGGCGUUCUCCUGGAGGCUCUGCGGCUUCUCCUCCCAACGCUGCCCGAAAGCGAGCUCCUCUCCAUCACUGACGUCCUCUGCCCAAAGCAGCACCCUCUUUCUGCAGAGCAGGAGCAUUCUGGGUGCACCGGGGAGUUUAAUCGAACUCUUCCUGUCAAACUGCGAGAAGAUAUCCUGCAGAAAAAUCUCCAGAGUGUGCCCUGCUGCUCUGCAGAAACAGAGAGACUCCGGGAAAAGAGGCAAAGUCUGAUGGAAAAGCUGCUCCCCAGAUCCCAGCUCCCGGGCGACACACCUCCGCCGGUUCAGGGGAAAGAAAAGGACAACAGUUUCACAAAAACACAAGAGUUUAUUUAUAAAUCCGCCACGCCUGGUGAACUGCUGCGCAGUGACGGUGCACAGCGAGAACCCACGGACACAGCGACAGGAGGACUGCACAGCACGGCGGAGGAGCGCACCGCCUGCAGUUCAGCUUCUGGAGAAAGGCUGUUUGUGUUUCGAGAGCCACCUGAGUCGCGUGACUUUGCAGAUGUUCCCAAACGGAAAAAGAAGAGGAAUUUCCUCAAUCUGAAGAAAAGCUCAGUGGCUCCAGCAAACCUGCCCUGAGACCUUUAAAAAAUAUGUUGCUGUGUGUUUUAUGAUGUAGUCCGCAAAGAUCCAAAACAAAUUGGUAGUUCUGUAGCACAUUUUUCUGUACUUCUCAGAGUGUUUGUAGCAUCUGGCUUUGUUUCUAAGUAAAGGCAGCUCACUUCCUCACCC